AUGCCUCCGUGGCAUGUCCGGACACGUGCCGAAGAGAGAGGUCUUGGGGACUUCCCCAGCCUGGGUGCCGAAGCUAUUAUGAGUGCUGUGCGAUUCACGGCCAAACAGGUCCUAGAACAGAUAUUUUCCAAUGACUCUGACUGCGAUGAGGAAGCGGACGAGGAAGCGUCCGAAGAAGAAGACGGGGAGGAAUACAACCCAGAGGACGAGGAGACCACAGAGGACGGCACGACGACGACGACUACGACGCCGCAGCCGCCCGACGCCGCCGAUGACGAGGACGAUGUCCAAAAGAAGAAGAACAAGGGGGAAGAACAAGGGGAAGGUGAAAGUGAGCGAGGAGAGCGAGGAGACCUCCGCCGCUUCCGCAGCCGCAGCAGCCGCCGCCGCCGCAGCAUCAGCCCCAGAACACAACACGAUAUCCCUCGAGUGGAAAGAGAGACAUUCGUGUCGAGAAACGGCCAAAUCCAAUGGUGCUCGGUGCCCUGUGACAACAAUCGGGGCGUCGGAGGGGCCGCGGCAGCGGCAAAUAGUAACAGGCCGGUUGCUGAGGUGCCGGAGGACAUGAGGCCCGGGCCUACUAGGCAGGCCGUAGGCCAAGCCCGCGACAUCCUCUCCACGUUUCGCUUGUUUUUCACACCCGAGAUAGAAGACAUCAUCCUGGAGAUGACCAAUCUGGAGGGCGUUCGAAAAUACGGAGCCCGAGGCGACGGCGACGACGACGACGACGACCACCGCCACUACGCCGACGACCACGAAAACCACGAAAACCACGAAGACCGCGACCGCGGCGGCGGCGGCCGCUGGAAAGCGAUGGACUCCACAGACCUGCGAGCCUACGUAGGGCUGCUCAUCCUAGCCGGCGUGUACAGGUCCCGAGGCGAAGCGGCCUCUAGUCUCUGGGACGCCGAGAGCGGAAGGACCAUUUUCCGCGCAACCAUGCCGCUCAAAGUCUUUCACGCUUACUCGAGACUCCUUCGCUUCGACGACCGCCAGACCAGAGCCGAGAGACGCGCAGCAGGCGGCGGUGACAAACUUGCGGCCGUGAGAGAGGUCUGGGACAAGUGGGUCGAGAGGCUGCCGCUCCUCUACAACCCCGGGCCCGACGUGACGGUGGACGAGCAACUGGUCCCUUUCAGAGGCCGAUGUCCUUUCCGCCAGUAUAUCCCAAGCAAGCCGGCCAAAUACGGCAUCAAGACAUGGGUGGCCUGCGACUCCAAAUCCAGCUACGCCUGGAAGAUGCAGGUCUACACCGGCAAGGCCACAUGCGGAGGCCCCGAGAAGAACCAGGGGAUGAGGGUCGUGCUCGAUUUGACGCAGGGACUCAGGGGUCACAACGUCACCUGCGACAAUUUCUUCACCUCAUACGAGCUCGCGCGCCAGCUCCUGACCAGGAACGUCACCGUGGUCGGCACAGUCAGAAAGAACAAGCCAGAGCUCCCGCAGGCGCUGCUCGCCUCAAAGGACAGGCUCCUCUUCUCCUCCAAGUUCGCCUUCACGUCCACCACCGCUCUAGUGUCCUACCUGGCAAAGAAAAACAAGAACGUCUUACUCCUGAGCACGCUGCACACCGAGGCUCACGUUAGCCGUCGCCAGGACAAGAAGCCGGCCAUCGUCCUAGACUACAACAGCAACAAGGGAGGUGUGGACAACCUAGACAAGGUGAUUGGAACCUACAGCUGCAGGAGGAUGACCGCGCGCUGGCCCCUGGUCAUCUUCCACAACAUCCUUGACGUGUCCUCUUACAACGCUUUUGUCAUAUGGCGAGAGCUCAACCCCACUUGGAUGCCUGGCAAGCGAAACAAGAGGAGGGUGUUCCUCGAGCAGCUGGGAAAGGCACUAGUGACUCCGUUCAUACAAAGAAGGGCCCGUCUCCCUCGCACCGAAGCCUCUGCGGCGCUCGUCAAAGCUGUUCAGAGGGCUACGUAUCGUGAUCAGCCCCGGCGGGAUCACGCCCCGCAGCACCGGACCACGCAGCACCACCGGCCCAAGCACCCAACCCCGCACAACCCAGUAAGAGGAAGAGGUGUCAGGUGCGAUUCCGAGAUCGAUUGGGAAGGAAGCAUGAUGUAUCCAUUUGAAUACGAAACUCUAGGUGAUCAACUGGAGGACACCAGGCUUCAGGAAACAGAACCCGGUGACCAGUACGAGUCAAACAACAGCCCUGUGGACGACCAGCACCUAUAUGACUCAGAUGCAUGCGGGAACAGUUGUAGACAACACACAUUCAGCCCUGCAGAUUCCAACCGGUCCGAUUCAGAGACCGAUUGCCAAGCAACAAUGGCAGGUGACUACAAUGAUUGGACGUAUGAGCACGAACACGACACUCUAAGUGAUACCGUGGAAGACACCAGGAGUCAGGAGGAGGACACCCCUCCCCAGUACGGGUCAAACACCAGACAUGUGGACAGGGACAAUGUUUACAAAGAAGCGGUUGACGACUACUUCGACGUUGACGAUGACGAUGUUGAAGAUAUGGUUCGAGCCGAGGAGGAUGCUAAAAAACAUCAGCAGAUAGAUCUCAUGCUUAAGUGGUCGAUAUUGAACAGAACGUGGCACUCCUUUCUAGAAUGGCUAGGUGAGCGCUGGUGGGGCUCAGUCUCUGCAGAUCAGAUUAGCUCCUUCAUGGGCGGACCUAAGAUUCGCUUUGGAGAUAUUGUUAUUGCGGCACACUUUGGUGACAUGCCCGGAGGAGUAUGUUCGGUUACGGCGAAGACUCAGAACGAAGUACUGACAUUUCAUGUGGCCAUCUGUGGAGGCAGUUACAUAUGUAAGGACUUGGUAGAGGGCGACUCUCUACGCCAAUUGACAUAA